UACUGCGAACAUCAUGAGCACCGCUUAUCGUGCAGUAGAAAUAUUGUACACUAUGUUGUAACGAUAACGUCGGUAUGUUUACUAUACGUCGAUAGCAGCACUAUAUUUCCCCCACUAUCAUGGUCGGCUGCCAUAUUGUAACAUACGGCAUGCAGCCGUGCAGCUCAUCGACGAGUCAUCAUUUCGAGUACGUUGGUUCUUCUGGGUGGUUCGUUCAGUCUUGUGCAGACUCAUUGGUUUCUUCUUCGUGCAGUUGAAUAUUUAUCGAAAUAUUAAAUCAACAAUUGAUACCUAGAAGUUAUUCUAAUAAGAGAAAUACAAUGGCAACGUCUACAUAUUCAAGCUGGACCUAUAUUGAGCUGUGCAAAGAACCUUUCCAGCAUAUCUUCUAUAAUUGUCGGUCAUGCGGCGUGAUAUUCCAAACUUGUGAAGCGCAUAGACAGCAUUUCCAUUCCAAAUGGCAUAUAUAUAAUCUGAAUAGAAAAGUGAACCAAUUACCUCGCGUUACACAAGAGGAGUUUGAGAUAAAGGAGGAGAGUUAUCGUACGACUGAUGAAACAAAGAAAACUUUUUAUUGCGUACUCUGCGGGAAGAAGUACAACUGCGAAAAGCAGUAUAAGAAUCACUUGACCACGAAUAAGCAUAAGAAAAAUAUGCAGAAAAAUGCCGUAGAUUUAUCAAGUGCUGAGAAAUUGACAGAAAUGGAGAAUGAAUAUAAGGAGAAACCCCGAAAUAGCUUUGCAGCAAAUAGCAUAAAAUCUGAAACAAAUCUACCAGAACAGUGGCACAAGAUGUUUGAAGUCACUCCUGACCACUAUUGCCUAUUUUGCUCCAAUCGAUAUGAUACCAUAUUUCAUAAUUUAUCUCAUAUGAAGAUGAAACACUCAUUUUACAUACCUGAUGAGGAAUACUGUUCGAACAUUAAAAAUUUGAUAAACUACUUAUCACAGAAGAUACGUCUCGAAUACAAAUGUCUUUGGUGUAAUGAUUCGGGGAGACAACUGCGAAGUGCGGAAGCGGCAAGAGCGCACAUGAUUGACAAAGGCCAUUGCAAGAUGCUGUUUGAAGGAGAGACGAUACUUGAGUAUAUGCGUUUCUACAAUUAUUCAUCUAGCUAUCCAGAUUGGGAGGAUUCGGAUGUUGAUUCGGAUGAGGAGCUGCCAUCAGGAGAUUUUUUAGACGAUGAAGGUUACGAAUUAGUGUUACCGUCCGGUAAGACGGUUGGUCAUCGCACUUUGGUGCGUUAUUAUAAGCAAUAUUAUCACGCAUACCCUACACGAAGAAAACGCAAUAAUACCAUUACGUUUGUUGAAAAGAACCGUGAUAUGAAAUAUAACUCACUGGGUAUUAAAGAACUUCUUGUACCAUCAGCUAUGGAGAAAAGAAGGCGGGACAUUCGGUACAUCGAGAACAUCUAUCGCAAGUACUCCACAAAGUUGGAGAUUAAACAGAAUAAAUUGCAAAAACAUUUCAGGUCACAGACAAACGUUUAUUAGAAUCAUUGUGUGUGUGUGCAUAUUUUUCUAAUUAAUAAUUUAUAUAUUUACUACAUUCUGUAUCGAAAGCGAUGACUUCGAUACAGAAUGUAGUAAAUAUAUAAAUUAUUAAUUACAAAAAAACACGUUUCGCUGAUGUUCGUGUAAGAAAGAGAGAAAGAAAAAAAUAUAACUGGACGUUUAUGUUUUAUGGACAAAUUCUUACAUGAUGUCAAAUAUUCUGAUUUGACAUUUGUUCUAACUUUGAGCGAGUCGCGAUUCGCUGAUGUUCGUAUGAGAAAGAGAGAAAGAAAAAAAUAUAACUGGACGUUUGUUUUAUGGACAAAUUCUCACACCAACAUCGGCGAAUUGCGACACGCUCAAAGUUAGAACAAAUGUCAAAUCAGAAUAUUUGAUAUCAUUUAACUUUCUUUUUCCUUUUUUUUCUAUUGUCGGAUAUCAUUUUGUUUAAUGCGUAAUACUCAACAAUAACAAUAG